AAUGAGAUAGAUGAAAAGAAGACAAGAGGAUGCACAUCGUCGUACAAUUCAAGGAGGUCAAAAUUGAAACUACACAGUGCUUUAUAACUUAACAGAUAGGUGAUCCCUUUUUUAGAGAAAUGUGUCAAAGAGGGAUUUUCUUCGCCGUACUGAAUUAGAAAAGGACAUGGAAGAAACAAAUACCACAGACUCAAACACCUGCUUGUAUGAUUCGAUGAGAGCAACUGGAAGCAUCUUUGACGCAAUCCGUUUCUAUGUCAGCGUCCAUGUCAUGCUAUCAGUAGCUUGUAUAGGAUUGAUAGGCAAUGCUUUCACACUGCCUGUUCUGUCAAGAGAAUUAAAGUCCUCUUCGACGUCCAUUCUUUUGAAGUCUUUAGCCAUUGCGGACAGCAUAGUUCUGGUGGCCUUCACCUGUCGUUUCUCGCUAACAGAACUGUACGUCUCUAUGGGCAUUUUGGAAGGGUAUUACGAGUUUUUUCAAAUCUUCAUACCGUACUUAACAGUGGCGUCAUUUUUUGGUAAGAAUUUUUCAAUGUGUUUGAUCGUUGCCAUGGCCAUUGAAAGAUACAUUGCAGUUUGCAAACCAUUACAUGCUAAAUUGUUAUGCACCACACGAAAUGCGAAAAUAGCCAUAAUUGUGUUGGCAAUAUUUUCAUUUGCGAACAAUCUCAGACUGAUCUGGCAUUUUGAUUUGACGUACGUUGAGGACCCAUGCACUGGCUCUGCCAAGCCGCUCCACAAUCUUAGUGACUUAUUACUGAACAACAGAUACUAUAACAUAAUUUGCAACCUUGUGUUAUACACCACAACAAACCUUCUUAUGCCUGUGACAGCUCUUUAUUUUACUGGAUUCCAUCUCAUACGGUCUAUGAGACGGGCAUCCAAAACCUUCAGCAAUCAAGCUGACGAUAAACGACAGAAAACGACAAAUACAGUUACCAUUCGAGUUGUUGCUGUAAUAAUAUGUUUCCUUAUUUUAGAAGCACCAAACCACAUAUUAAAUUGCAUAUACAUUGUGUUGAAUUUUUCAAAUAUUGGUUUUCGAAUAGAGUUUGACAUCUUCUUCUUUAUCAUGAGCAAUUUGUCCAUUCUGAGUGUCGUCAAUUCCUCCAUCAACUUCUUCAUAUAUUUAGCUACAGGGUCAAACUUUCGGAGGCUGUUCUGGCAGCUGAUUACCUUUAAAAAGUGA